UGUGGUAAAGACUUUGCAAGGCCCAGUCAUCUCCAAUAUCAUAAAAGAACACAUACGGGAGAGAAGCCUUAUGAAUGUAAUCAUUGUGAUAAAGCCUUUACAACAUCCAGUACUCUCAAAUGUCAUAAAAGAACACAUACUGGAGAGAAACCUUAUGAAUGUAAUCAAUGUGGUAAAGCCUUUACAAGACCCACUAAUCUCCAAUAUCAUAAAAGAACUCAUACCGGAGAGAAACCUUUUGAAUGUCAUCAUUGUGGUAAAGCCUUUGCAAGAUACAGUACUCUCAAAUGUCAUAAGCGAACACAUACUGGAGAGAAACCUUAUGAAUGUAAUCACUGUGGUAAAGCCUUUUCAGAUCAGAGUAUUCUCAAAAGACAUAAAAGAACACAUACUGGAGAGAAACCUUAUGAAUGUAAUCAGUGUAGUAAAGCCUUUUCUUGUCACAGUGAUCUCCAACAUCAUAAAAGAACACAUACUGGAGAGAAACCUUAUGAAUGUAAUCAAUGUGGUAAAGUCUUUUCACAACAGAGUAUUCUCCAAUGUCAUAAAAGAACACAUACUGGAGAGAAACCUUAUGAAUGUAUUCAGUGUGGUAAAGCCUUUUCAAAACACAGUACUCUCAAAAAUCAUAAAAGAAUACAUACUGGAGAGAAACCUUAUGAAUGUAAUCAGUGUGGUAAAGCAUUUUCAGAAUGGAAUACUCUAAAAUAUCAUAAAAGAACCCAUACUGGAGAGAAACCUUAUGAAUGUAAUCAAUGUGGUAAAGCAUUUUCAUAUCACAGUAAUCUCAAAAGUCACAAAAGAACACAUAAUGGAGAGAAACCUCAUGCAUGUACUCAAUGUGGUAAAGCA